CAUCAUACUGUGGCAUGUCCUAACAGGCUUAUCAAGCACAUAAUGUGGAUUAUGAGCGGCCGAGUUCCUCGUUCAGAAUCUGUGAGGCGUUAGAAUGUGUCCUAUCGCUGCUCUUUAUGCCGGAGGUACCAUUUGGAGCCUCAGCCCCACUUAACGACGUCACUAACCUAGCAUCCAAUAACGAAUAUAUUUACUCGAUUCGAGCCUCCUCUGCCUUCUCGAACAACUAUAAAUUUCGAAUCGAUUUCAUAAAACAUAGCAAAAAUGGUCAACAUCUUCAUUACAGGAGCCACUGGUUACAUUGGCGGCGACACGCUAUAUGAGCUUUACAACAAGCAUCCCGAGUACUCAUACACUGCCUUGGUUCGCACACCUGAGAAGGGCAAGUCAGUGACCGACAAGUUCCCCAAGGUCAAGACUGUACAAGGAGACAAUGACAGCAGCGAUCUGCUGAAGGAGGAGGCUUCCAAGGCUAACAUCGUUAUUCACACCGCGGAUGCUUCUGACCACGAGGGAGCCGCAAAGGCUAUUGCUGAAGGUCUUGCUUCCGGUCACAGUGCUUCCAAGCCCGGAUACUGGCUUCACACCGGUGGCACCGGUAUCUUGACCUACUUCGAUUCAUCGGCCGACAAGUUUGGCGAACAUACCGACAAAGUCUUCGAUGACCUGGAUGGCGUGGACGAACUCAUCAACCUCCCUAAGGAAGCCUUCCACAAGAACGUUGACGAGAUCGUCAUCAAUGCUGGCACAAACGCUGGUAGUGCUGUCAAGACUGCCAUCGUCUGCCCUCCCACCAUCUACGGUGAUGGCCGUGGUCCUUCCCUUACCCGUGGCCGCCAGGUUUAUGAACUCGCCAAGAGUGUCCUGGAGAUCCAAGCUGGCCCCCUCAUUGGCGGCGGCAAGGCAAUGUGGAACAACGUACACGUCCACGACCUUUCUCGCGCCUUUGUACUGCUCGUCGAGGAAGCAGCAAAGAACAACACCGACCCCAAGCUCUGGGGCAGCAAUGGCUACUACUUCACCGAGAACGGCGAGCACGUCUGGGGAGAAUUGAGCAAGGUUGUUGCUGAGAGUGCUAAGCAGCAAGGUUUCCUCAAGGAGGUCAAGAUGGAGCAGAUGGACAUGGAGACAGCCAAGAAGACUGCUGGCUUCGAGGCCGUCAGUUGGGGCUGGAACUCCAGAGGUAAGGCCAGAAGAUUCAAGGAGGUGCUCGGCUGGAAGCCUCAGGAGAGAAGCAUUGAGGACGAGGUGCCGACCAUUGUCAAGAACGAGCACGAGAGAUUGCAGCAGGAGAAGAAGUAGAGUGCUAGCAGUGGCUCUUCAAGGACACAUGAAUUUACGCUAGUCAAACCCUAAUGAAAUCUUCAUGACUACUCCCC